GUCCGUCCGGAGCCGCCGCCGCGCCGCCCCCGGGGCUGCGGCUCUGCCCGCGCCGCCGCCGCACCAUGGGCAGCCCCGCAGCGGCAGCCGAGCGAGGAGCCGAGGCUGGCUGUGCUGGACACUUCACCAUGUGAACAUCCCCAGGCUCCAAUGCCUCAGCAGAUCCCCAUGUCGGAGCAGCCCUGGACCUGCAGAACGGCGCAUGGCAGAACGGCAGUGAGCCCCUAGACCAUGCCCCACACAAUGACAUGGUGGCUCCCGCUGCUGGCCCUGCGCGUGCUCCUGCUGUCCCCGCGGGCGGGCGCGUGCCCCGCGCGCUGUGAGUGCGCCCCGCAGCUGCGCUCGGUGCUGUGCCACCGCAGGCGCCUCACCGCCAUCCCCGAGGGCAUCCCCAGCGAGACCCGCGUCCUGGAGCUCAACAAGAACCGCAUCCGCUGCCUGAACCCCGGGGACCUGGCCCCCUACCCGCUGCUGGAGGAGCUGGAUUUCAGCGAGAACAUCAUCUCCAAUGUGGAGCCCGGCGCCUUCAGCAACCUGUUCAACCUGCAGACCCUGCGGCUGCGCGGGAACCAGCUCAAGCUCAUCCCCCCGGGGGUCUUCACCAAGCUGACCAACCUGACCCUGCUGGACAUCAGCGAGAACAAGCUGGUCAUCCUGCUGGACUACAUGUUCCAGGACCUGCGCAACCUGAAGAGCCUGGAGGUGGGUGACAACGACCUGGUGUACAUCUCCCAGCGUGCCUUCUCGGGGCUGCUGGGCCUGGAGCAGCUGACCAUUGAGAAGUGCAACCUGACCUCCAUCUCGGCCGAGUCGCUGUCCUACCUCCAGAACCUGGAGGUGCUGCGGCUCCGGCACCUCAGCAUCUCUGCGCUGGAGGACCAGAACUUCAAGAAACUCUACAAUCUCCUGCAGCUGGAGAUCGACAACUGGCCACUGCUGGAGGAGGUCUCCCCCACCAGCUUCCAGGGCCUGAACCUCACCUCGCUCUCCAUCACCUACACCAACAUCACAGCCGUGCCCGCCGCUGCCUUGAGGAACUUGGUGUACCUGCGGUACCUCAACCUGUCCUACAACCCCAUUAGCACUGUGCUGAAGGGCUCCUUCAAAGACCUCAUCCGGCUCCAGGAGCUCCACAUCGUGGGCGCUCUCCUGGUGUCUGUGGAGCCGCAGGCUUUCUCCGGCCUGAGACAGAUCCGGCUGCUCAACCUCUCCAGCAACUUCCUGUCCACGCUGGAGGAGAGCACCUUCCACUCGGUCAACACGCUGGAGACGCUGCGGGUGGACAGGAACCCCCUGGCCUGCGACUGCCGGCUCCUCUGGAUCCUGCAGCGGCGGAAGACGCUCAACUUCGACGGGCAGCAGCCCAUGUGCUCCUCGCCGCCCGAAAUCCAGGGCAACGCCCUGCGCGACUUCCCAGACUCGGUGCUCUUCGAGUACUUCACCUGCCAGAAGCCCAAGAUCCGGGAUCGGAAGCUGCAGCACGUGACGGCGCGGGAGGGACAGUCCGUGUCCUUCCUGUGCCGCGCCGACGGGGAGCCCGACCCCUCCAUCGCCUGGGUGUCCCCCCAGCACCGCAUGAUCACCACCCGCAGCACGGGGCGGGCCACGGUGCUGCCUGGGGGCACCCUGGAGAUCCGUUUUGCCCAGGUGCAGGACAGUGGCACCUACAUCUGCAUCGCCAGCAACGCCGGUGGCAAUGACACCUACUUCGCCACGCUGACGGUCAAGGGGCGCCCGGCCGACGGCGCUCACCACGCCAACCGGACUUUGUACCUCAGCGACUUCAACGACACCUUCCACAACAACACCCAGGUCUUCUUGAAGUUCACCUUGGACCUCAAGACCAUCCUGGUCUCCACAGCCAUGGGCUGCAUCACCUUCCUGGGCGUGGUGCUCUUCUGCUUCCUCCUUCUCUUCGUCUGGAGCCGCGGCCGGGGGCAGCACAAGAACAACUUCUCCGUGGAAUAUUCCUUCCGCAAGGUGGACGGUCCCACCACCACCACCGGCCAAGGAGGGGCCAGGAAGUUCAACAUGAAGAUGAUCUGAGCCUCUCCCAGAGGAGAACCAUUUUCUGCAGCGCGGCCCUGGGCACGGCUGUGGCAGGACGGGGCUGGGAGGGCUGUGGGAGCGCCGGCCGUGUCCGGGAGCUGGCAGAGUGACCUUGCUGUGCUGGGACAUGGCUGGAGACAGAGGUGCCACAGGCCAGCAGGGUCAGAACCAUGGGGACCUCAGGGUCGGGGAGGGAUGAGCCCGAUAUCCCAGCCCUGUGGAGAGCCCUCAGGGCUCAGGGGCUGUCCCAGGGGCUCCUGAUGUAGCGAGGUUUUUGCUACCAACUAUGCAUUUCUUGAGCCAAAAGAUCAGCAGUGUUUGGGCCUGGGAGAAAAAUGCUUCCUGUUUUCCCCCCACCCUUUCCCUUUGUUUUGUAAGGGACUUCUCAGAAAACUUUCCUGGUA